GAAGCGUGGGUGGGGGUUGGCGUGGGGGGAGAUUCUGAUGCAAUCGGCCCCGAAAGGAGAAGAGCAAGGCGAUUGCGGAAGGGGCAGCCACACCACUCUGCCUGAAGGUCGCCGGGAGCCUGCGCUCUCACCUUCCUCGGAAAUCCGCCACAACAAGCCUCCCCGCCCAGCCCUCGCUGACGCGGCUCACCUUCUGCCGUAGCAGGAUCCUCAGCCUUUUACAAGCCGCCGGCCGAGGCAGCCAGACCUUGACACAAAGGACAUAAAACGGCCGGGGGCGACAAUCCCGGAAGGGCGGACACCUUGACGCCUUUUUUUUUAAUCACUUUUCCUUUAUUUCUCGAGGUGUGUCAUAUUGUUGCUGCUAUCUACUUGUAAAUAUACUCGGAACACAAGAAUUUGGACCAAUUUGUUGAGUACAGAUACUUCCUAAACAUGAUGCAUUUCAAAAGCGGACUCGAAUUAACUGAAUUGCAAAACAUGACAGUGCCCGAGGAUGAUAACGUUAGCAAUGAUUCCAAUGAGUUCACCGAAGUAGAAAAUGGUCAGAUAAAUAGCAAGUUUAUUUCUGAUCGUGAAAGUAGAAGAAGUCUCACAAACAGCCAUUUGGAAAAAAAGAAAUGUGAUGAAUAUAUUCCAGGAACAACCUCCUUAGGCAUGUCUGUUUUUAACCUAAGCAACGCCAUUAUGGGCAGUGGGAUUUUGGGACUCGCCUUUGCCCUGGCAAACACGGGAAUCCUACUUUUUCUGGUACUUUUGACUUCAGUGACAUUGCUGUCUAUAUAUUCAAUAAACCUUCUAUUGAUCUGUUCAAAGGAAACAGGCUGCAUGGUUUAUGAAAAGCUGGGGGAACAAGUCUUUGGCACUACAGGAAAGCUAGUAAUCUUUGGAGCCACCUCUCUACAGAAUACUGGAGCAAUGCUGAGCUACCUCUUCAUAGUAAAAAAUGAACUACCCUCAGCCAUAAGGUUUCUGAUGGGAGAAGAAGACAAAUUUUCAGCCUGGUAUGUGGAUGGCCGCUUUCUGGUGGUAAUAGUUACCUUUGGAAUAAUUCUCCCUCUGUGUCUCUUGAAGAACUUAGGGUAUCUUGGCUAUACUAGUGGAUUUUCCUUGAGCUGUAUGGUUUUUUUCCUAAUAGUGGUUAUCUAUAAGAAAUUUCAAAUUUCCUUCACUGCUCCAGGGCUAAACUCAACAAUAAGUGCUAAUUCAACAAAUGCUGACAUGUAUACGCCAAAAUACAUUACCUUCAAUUCAAAGACCGUGUAUGCUUUACCAACCAUUGCAUUUGCAUUUGUCUGCCACCCCUCCAUUCUGCCAAUUUACAGUGAGCUGAAAGAUCGAUCACAGAAAAAAAUGCAGAUGGUUUCAAAUAUCUCCUUUUUUGCCAUGUUCAUUAUGUACUUCUUGACCGCCAUUUUUGGGUACUUGACAUUUUAUGAAGGUGUGCAUUCAGACCUCCUUCGCAACUACCACAGUGAAGAUGACAUCCUCAUCCUGACGGUACGGCUGGCUGUCAUCGUCGCUGUCAUCCUCACAGUGCCAGUGUUAUUUUUCACAGUUCGCUCAUCUUUAUUUGAACUGGCUAAGAAAACAAAGUUUAAUUUAUGUCGUCACAUCUUGGUUACCGUCAUACUCUUAGUUAUUAUCAACUUAUUGGUGAUCUUCAUACCAUCCAUGAAGGAUAUUUUUGGAGUCGUAGGGGUAACAUCAGCUAAUAUGCUCAUUUUCAUUCUUCCUUCAUCUCUUUACUUAAAAAUUACGAGCCAGGAUGGAGAUAAAGGAACUCAGAGAAUUUGGGCUGCCCUUUUCUUGGGCCUGGGGGUGUUGUUUUCUCUGGUCAGCAUUCCCUUGGUCAUCUAUGACUGGGCCUGCUCAUCAAGUAGUGACGAAGGCCACUGAAACCAGCUGAGAAAACAUUCCCGUCUGCUGCUCAGUCAAGUCACCACACAUCAGCAACCCCUCAUCACUUCUUUUGCAAGUUUACAGAAGCAAAUAGAAAUUCACAAGAUACUUAA